AUGCAACGUGGAGCCCUGACCGUGUCGUCUGUCUCCUCAGAGUACGGAGGGAGAAGCCGUGGCGUCACUAACAGCCGUGAGCGUUGGCGGCAGCAGAACGUAAACGGCGCCUUCUCCGACCUGCGGCGCCUUGUCCCCACUUAUCCCCCCGACAGGAAACUCAGCAAGAACGACAUUCUCCGCCUCGCCAUCAAGUACAUACACUUCCUGGGAGGAGUGCUCAGGGACCAGGAGCAGGAGCAGAGCCAGGACCAGGACCAGGGGCUGGACCAAGUGAUGGACCAGGAACAGGACAAAGGCUUGGAGCAAAGCCCAGAUCACAGCCCAGACCAGAGUUUCCAGGAGAACCUCCAGGAGAACCUCGAGGAGAACCAGGGCAGCUGCUACACACUGUCCCCCACUCUGAGCAUUGACAGUGGGAUCGACUGGAGCCCGCGGAGCCUCAUGGAGGAGCUGGACUCUGUGGCCCUGAGUUUCUACUGA